AUGAAUUUCCACUGGCACCAAUUUUCACGCAUCUGUCGGAAAAUGGAGGAGAGAAGAAAAUUGCUCUGUCUCCUCCUCCCCGUUCUCCUCGCCGUGUUUCCGCCGGCGGCGGAAUCGGCCGGACUGUUCGACGACAGCUUCAGCAAGAGCUGCCCGGAGACCCAUUUCAAGACAUCCGAAGACGGCCAGAUCUGGCACCUCUCCCUCGACAAAAAAGCAGGCUGCGGCUUCAUGACGAAGCAGAGGUACAGAUUCGGGUGGUUCUCGAUGAAGCUCAAACUCGUCGGCGGCGACUCCGCCGGCGUCGUCACCGCCUAUUAUAUGUGCUCGGAGAACGGGGCCGGGCCGGAGAGGGACGAGCUGGACAUCGAGUUUUUAGGGAACCGGUCAGGACAGCCUUACCUUAUACAAACAAACGUCUACAAAAACGGCACCGGCGGCCGGGAAAUGCGCCACCAGCUCUGGUUCGAUCCGACGUUGGACUUCCACGAUUACUCCAUCCUCUGGAACAACCAUCAGAUCAUGUUCGUGGUGGACAGAACUCCGAUAAGGGUUUACAAGAACGACGCGGGUAAUGAGAAAAACGGGUUCUUCCCGAACGAGAAACCGAUGUACUUAUUCUCCAGCAUCUGGAACGCCGACGACUGGGCGACACGUGGCGGGCUGGAGAAGACGGACUGGGAGAAGGCGCCAUUUGUGUCGUCGUACCAGGGCUUCAAGGCGGAGGCCUGCCAGUGGGAGGAUCCUUUUCCGGCGUGCGUCGCCACCACCGGCGACAACUGGUGGGAUCAGUACAGUGCGUGGCAUCUGUCGGAGAAUCAGAAGAAAGACUACGCUUGGGUGCAGAGAAACCUCGUCAUUUACGAUUAUUGCAAGGAUCCUCAGAGGUAUCCUGAAUUGCCCCAGGAAUGUCACCUCAGCCCCUGGGAUUAGGGUUUAGAUGAGGCGACGAUUGAUUAUGAUUUCAUCAUCAUACUGAUGCACCACAGAUCUAUACUAUUACUAUACAUGUCGAAAUUCUUUGCCGAUUUUGAAUAUAUAUUAUUUUUUUAAUUUGCAAUAA